AACAAUAAAAUGUCUCAAAACGAAGAAACUCCACUCGUAACCUUUGAUCAACUCUCCGAUGAACAAAUUGAAACAUGUGUAAAGAAGGCUCUGAUGAAGGCUCUACCACAAUUGAUAGAGGAUGAGGACAUUCUGGAACAUUUACUAGGUGAAUUAUUACAAGAUAAUUUAAAUGUACUUUUACAAAGUGGUGCUGUUGAUGAAACAUUGCCAACUAAAGGUGAAAACAAGGCUUCUAAUCAUACAUUGGCAUUCUCUGCCAUUUCUAAUACUAAAGGUGAAAAGAAACAAAAGAGUUUAACACUAAUUACAAACAUCUUGUCGGAACAUUUGAUAAAUUAUGAUUUGGCUCUAGAUGAUGAAAAGGAAGUUCAAUCAAUUUGUAAUGAAAUUCAAGAACAUUUACAAAAUUUGAGAUUAUGUAAAUAUGAAGAUUAUGGUAUUGUAAUUGAUUCUGACGAUGAUGAUGGUGCCUAUGUUGAGGAUGGUUGUUGUGUAAUGUGUGAAAGAGAAAUGAAAUUGACAAGACAUCACUUGAUUCCAAGAUGGACACAUAGAAAAUUCCUCAAAAGAGGUCAAUAUUCUAAGGAACAUUUAAAUAAGGUUAUUCUUAUUUGUAGACCAUGUCACGAUGCUGUACAUACAUUCAUAACGUUGGACGAAAUGGCUGAAAAGUAUCACUCAUUGGAAACAAUUAUGGAACAUCCAAAGGUUCAAGGCUGGAUUCCAUAUAUUUCACGAGUGAGAACAACAAAGAGAUUUAGAUUCUAAAUAAAUCAAUAGUUCAUUAAU